AUGAACGCCGAUAAAAAUGCAAACCCAAGCGGUGACCCUCAUCCGUGUAUUGAGGGUGGAAAGGGAGAAAAAAGGUCAAAGGGAAGCGGCAAAUGCAGCCACACCAGCAAGCAUAGCAUACAUUACAACGCCUACACGAUGUUGGCUGUUGGGUUACUGGCCGCUUCGGCUGCUGAGCCUGUUGCAACGACGACUGUGGUGGCGGUCACGGUGCUCAAGCUGCCGUUGGGAAGGGUGGUGGUGUGCUUGUAUGUCGUUGUAAAUGAGGUUGACCUAGUGGAUGUGCUUGUCGCAGAUGAGAAUGUCGUUGACGGUGCGGAUGUGACGGAAGAAGUGGAUGAAGUAGUUGUUGAGGUUGAGGUUGAGGUUGAUGAGGAUGAGGAUGAGGAUGAGGAUGAGGAUGAGGAUGAGGAUGAGGAUGAAAGAGGCGCUGAAGUUGGCGCUGCUGUUGAUGUUGCCGAGGUCUCAGAUGGAACUGAGGUUGCUGAGGGAGCAGUCGAGGUGGGUGGGACGCUGGUAGGUGGCAAUGAAGUUGAGGUUGAGGUGGUAGUCACAGUAGGUAGAAGAGAUGUUGAAGUUCCGGUGCUAGGUAAUGCUGUUGUUGGUGGUUCAGAUGUUGUUGGAGGAUCUGACGUAGUUACCGCAGUUGUGGGAGGAUCUACAGAAGUCGAUGACACGAUAAGAGAGGAUGAUGAUGAUGAUGAUGAUGAAGAGGAAGAAGAAGAGGAGGAGGAGGAGGAAGAAGAGGAAGAAGAGGAAGAGGAAGAGGAAGAAGAAGAGAAAAGAAAAAUAGAAAUAGUUGAUAAGUUGAAAGCUGAUGCGAUUGCACGGGAAGCCGAACCGGAUUUGAGGUGGGCCUGGUCCACCUUCUACUGUCGACUUGAAGGUGCUGACAUGAUCGAUUAG